AGUUUUGUUGAUAAAUAUUCUCGCGAAUUACCGAAGUGGUUAGAGCGCUUGCAGGCUCAAUCUGCAUUGUACUUUGUCUAUUUCGGAAUCAAAAUGGAUGAUUACGACGAGGAUUUAAGUGAAAACCCUUGGUAUUUAGCAUUUGUUCAUAAUCAUGACAAACUAUUUCUUCAAGCUACUAAUGGAAGAUGGAUUGUUUGUAUCCCGCGAUCUGGGUCGUGGAAAGGUGGCUCAGAAGCUCCUAAAACUUUCAGUUCAUCCUAUUUCGAAUCUCAUUGUAUAAAGUUUGACUGUGAAGAAGUCUCUCAACAAUCAAAGAAAGAAGAUGAUAUUGCACCAUCACCUGCCGUAAAACACAUCAACAAAUAUCUUACUUAUAAUGGAAAGACAAUUCUGGUUGAGGGGUCAAAGAUGUCCUGUGGCUUGGGUUUUGAAGAAGUCGCUACAUCUUUUGAUAGUAGAAGUGAAAAACUGGAUCUUCCAGGUAGUGGACUCAAACAUACAGCAAGAAUAUUAUUUGAAGAAACUUAUUUCAAUGCAAACGAUCAAAGUUACAAAAUGUUAUGUGUUUCACGCCCUCUCGAACUUCACCUUGUCUCUGGUCAAGAAUUUGGUGAGGAAGAAAGUCCGCUAUCACCAAUUGCUGGCGGUUUUAAAUUUAGUUCGGAAAAAUUGCGAGGCCAACAAUUAUGGCGACGUGCAAACAACAGUCAGAAGUUGAAAAACAAUGUGGAUUCGAAAAUUUCUGCUUAUUUAAAAAGUCAUGGAUCAGGAAAAACUAUUUAUACUACGACAUUACCAUCUGCGAAUAGUUCGCAAUCAAGCAAUAUUGAUGGAAUAUCUGGUAUUGAUGUGUGUGUGACUUCGGUUCAGGAUUUGUAUAAUAUGUGUCUUCAAAUUGUUGUGAAAGAUUCAAAAAUUAAAAAAGAAGUUGAAAAUAAUUUAGCUGAUACAACGAAAGUUCAAGUUGAGAAUUAUGUUCUACAAGAGAUUUAUAAGAGUGUUUUCCGACAAAUCAGUUGCGUAGUUCCUGUUCAGGAGGCCGCUUUCAACAAAAUGAUUUGUAACUUGUUUGAUAUUCAACCAUUAGAUUUGGAAAUCGACAAAAAAUAUUGGUUGUCGUUACCUCGGUCAAGGAGGCAGUUGUCUCGAAUUAACAAGUGUUGUACUCCUAAUGAUAAGCUGUCGUGUAUUCAACACACUAUAUCCUGUAUAACUGCAAAACAAGAGAAUGCAAUCGUUGGUUCAGAUGAUUUGCUUCCCAUCUUGAUAUAUCUCAUUAUCAAAUGUAAUAUUCCAAACUGGAUAACGAACCUGAUUUAUCUUCAACAUUUUCGAUUCAAUUCCACGCAAUCUGAACAAUUCAACUUCUACCUUUCAACUAUGGAAGCAGCCAUUGAACAUAUAAAGAAUGGGGGAGUAAAAAUGUGUAGACAAAUCUCAAAGAAUGGCGAUGUUGAACUUUCAUCAAUACAGAAAUACUUCAAGGAUAUUCAAAAUGGGGAUUUGGAUUCGGUCAAACAAUUGCUGUCAAUGAGUGCAAAUGAAAGAAAAAAGAGAGAACAAAACAGAUGUCAUCCAUUGUGUGCAUGUGAAAAAUGUACUGAGAUGAAAAGACGGUCAGCAACAAUAUCAAGUACUCUGAUCACAGUUCAAACAAGAAAUGAUAAAGGACAAACAGCACUUCAUAUUGCCGCAGUUUCCGGUCAUCAUGAAUUAGUUGAUUCACUAGUUGAUCAUGGUUCGGAGUUGAAUGCAACUGAUUAUCAUGGAUCAACUCCAUUGCAUUGUGCUGCAUUAUCUGGAUCACAGAGUGUUGUUUUUCUUCUUAUGCAUCAUGGAGCCAAUCCAAAUGCACGAGAUAACAACAGCAAUACACCAUUACAUUUAUGCUGUCAACGUGGACAUGAGGCGUGUGCAAAAGCGUUUUUAUACUUCGAUCCAACAGUAUCUGUCGAAUCUAUUAAUGUACCCAAUGAUGAAGGAGAUCGACCAUUACAUAUAGCUUCUAAAUGGGGAUAUGAUGGCAUCGUCUCUGCUCUUCUUGAGUGUGGUGCAAAUCCAAAAGUGAUGAACAAGAGGCGUGAAAAUCCCACAGAUGUCAGCUUAAAUUUGAAGGUUUCAUUGACAAUCAAAACAGCUGCUGCUCAAGCAAUCAGGAUUGUUCGAACACUGAGGCAUCUACAGAGUAAUAUGGCCAUUGAACAUUCCCCAAGCAAUAAAUCGCCGGAAAAAAGGAGCAGACCUCGUACAAUAACUCCAAAAGAACUUCAAAAUACAAGCGAUAAUGCUUAUGUCGCUAAGCAGGUUGAGAAAUUGUUUAGAGCCGUUACUGACAAUGAUAUUAACAUGGUAAGGUUUUUAUGUGGAUGGCACAAUACUGAUAAUGUUGAUGACAAUGACGACAAGGCAAGAUUGAAACCUGAUGUACCAUCAUCUUGUGAUCCUUUAUGUCAGUGUCCGAAAUGUAAUCCCGUUUCCCAUGAACAUGUUCUUCAUGUCAACUCUUCUAAUCAAGAAAAAUAUACCGGAUUAAUGUUGGCUUCAAAACACGGUUUUCUAGAGAUGGCAAAACUUUUUGUUGAGCAAGGAGCGAGCAUAAAUACUAAAACAAAAAGACACGAAUAUUCUCCACUGCAUUUUGCAUGUGAAAGUGGUCAUUCUGAGAUUGCAGAACUGAUACUGAUGCAGGAAGGUGCAAAUGCGGAUAUAAGAGACAUAUUUGGCAGCACUCCGCUUUACAUGUGUGCAAUAUAUAAUCACUUAGACUGUGCAGUUGUGCUUUUGAAGCAUCAUGCUUCUGUAAACAUAAGAAAUAGAAAUGGUGAUACUCCUCUGCAUGUUGCUGUCAAAUGGAAGAACAAAGACAUAAUUAAAAUUUUGCUCGACAAUGGAGGGUUGGUUUAUUACAAGAACAAUGAUGGGCAAAAUCCUAUUGAUUUUGCAAAUAAGGAUCCUGAAAUCAAGAGAAUAUUGCUCUCCGUGUCUGCUUUAGAGGAAAGUUUAUCUUCAACGCCAUUAUCACCUAUUGGAAUAUCCCCUCAUACCGCGACUCCUCCAUUGGCUGAUUCAUCUGGGAUUUCAGAUUUGUCUGUUUCAUCAGCUCAUCCUGACUCACUAUCUGCUCAUGAUGAAGCAAUUGCUGACGAACUAUAUACCAAGUUCAAGGAUCCACCACCUUCCACCCCUCCUCAGUGUGGUAGUCUCGAUAACAGUUGCGAAGAAAAUAUUGAUCAUGUUGAUAAAUGUAUUGAUUUUGAAGAUAACAAUUCUUUUGAUCCAUCAGCAACCAGUGGAAAUGCUGCAUCUCCAAGAAAAGCAUCAACUGGGGUUAGUGUUACGUCUGAUAUUUUCAGAGAUUUACUCCAGGAAACUCCUUCAACUACAAAUUUCUACAAUGAUGCUUACGAAUCUACAAGCUAUGGUGAAGCAUCUAACACACCCAUGCUAAGUGCUCAUGUGGAAACAGAAGCUGUAAUUGCCAAUGUUGAUGAUGUUUUUAAACCCUUGACGGGUUCAGAUCUGGCAAUCGAAAGGAAUGAGGAAUCUGGUUCUCUGGAUAUUUCUAAAGAGGAAGAAAGAGUGGAAGCAACCGAUUCUUAUUUCGAGAUUGGCUGAUUUUGAUAAUUUUGCUUCUUUUUUGCUAUUGAAUCACUGUGAUGAUUGAAUUCCAUAUAAAUAUAAAAUUUUAUUGUUGAAGUAUUAGAUGUUCUCAUAAACCUUCAAUAAAAAAAAGUUAUGUUUAGGUU